AUGCCUUCCACCAAGAAGACGAUAUAUUUCAUGUCCAGUGCGCUGGUGACCUCCAUAUCUGUUGGCUUAAUGGGGUAUGCCAUGUCAGCAGAGUGGGCUAAGAUGACCAUGAACUGCGCAAACACACAAGAUGGCAACUACAACGGAAGUGCUGUGAUCACUUUGAGGCUUUUUAAUGGGAAUUUGAACAGAAACUUUUGCCCUGUCUUUGGAAGUACUGAUCUUGACUCUUUUCCAGUGGUCAGUACAUUGACUGACACAGGAGCAACUACCUCUAUGGUUCUGCACAUUUUGGUUUUGCUCCUGGUGGUCCUGUGUCUGCUGUUUUCUGCUGCCACCAUCCUUUCGUCCCUCUACAACAGCGUCAGCAACCCCUACGAGACCUACAUGGGGCCUGUUGGCAUCUACAUCUACAGCUCGCUCAGCACAUGUCUGUCUGCUGUCGUCCUUAUCAUAUUUGUUGCGAACGUCAAUGCGUCCAACAUGGCAGAGAGAGUGGUAAUUGGCCUCACAGACAGUGAAGUGUUCCUGAAGAAAAAGAAUACAAAGAUGCUGGUCGGAUACUACCUCAUCAUCCCUUACGCAGUCCUGUCUCUGCUCGCCAUUGCUUUGGUCUACAUGUACGAGCACGCAGCCUACACGCACAGGAGGGAGCAGCAGAAGCCUACAGAGGACGCGCCCAAGGAGAUAAUGAUGUAUUAG